UGAAGUAACUGUGGAUAAUAAAGAGAAGAACAUCAGUUAUGGAGGAAGUGGAUAAGCCCAACUGUUCUUCUGCAACUUACCCCCUCUCUGCCCUCGUCAACAUCUCCAACGUGUCCACGCAGAGUGUGCCAUUCCAGGGCAGCAGCACGUUACUGACAGCGGUGAUCUCCAUCACCGUCUUCCUGGUGGGUCUGGUCGGGAACACUUUGGCCAUCUACGUGGUGCUGCGCUAUGCCAAAAUGAAGACAGUGACCAACAUUUAUAUCCUCAACCUGGCUGUGGCUGACGAGCUCUACAUCAUCGGGCUGCCGUUUCUCACCACGCAGAAUGUGCUCUCCUACUGGCCCUUCGGGUCCUUCCUGUGCCGGGUGGUGAUGACCGCUGACUCCAUGAACCAGUUCACGUCCAUUUUCUGCCUCACCGUUAUGUCCAUCGACCGCUACCUGGCCGUGGUGCACCCGAUUCGGGGCUCCAAUUGGAGGCACCCGCGCGUCGCCAAGGUGGUGAGCGCAGCGGUGUGGGCUGUGUCUUUUGUGGUGGUCCUGCCGGUGGUCAUCUUCUCUGAUGUGCAGGACACAUUUAACUCGUGCAACAUGAUCUGGCCGGAACCGGCAGAUGUGUGGUCAACAGUCUUCAUUCUCUAUACCACCACCAUCGGUUUCUUCGGACCACUACUCAUCAUUUGCCUUUGCUACCUGCUGAUCGUCAUCAAGGUGAAGUCCUCAGGAAUGCGCGCCGGCUUCACCUCGCGGCGGCGUUCCGAGCGCAAGGUGACUCAAAUGGUGGUGGUCAUCGUGGUGGUGUUUGUGCUCUGCUGGCUGCCGUUCUUCAUCAUCAACAUCGUCAACCUUGUGGUCAUCAUCCCAGAGUCCAGCGCCACUGCGGGGAUUUACUUCUUUGCAGUCAUCCUGUCGUACGCCAACUCCUGCGCCAACCCGCUGCUCUACGGCUUCCUGUCUGACAACUUCAAACAUAGCUUCAGAAAAGUGUUGUGUUUGAAGAGGGUGCGGUGCAAAGCCAACGGUGUCGAUGACGGUGACCCCAGUGUUCGCCAAGUUGCGAGAUCAACGCCAAAUGGAUGCGCCCCUCACUCCCGCCAUACCCGGGUGUCGCAUCGUCUUCAGAGCAGCCAGAUCUGUCCUCAGCCUUCAAGCGUGCCAGCUCAUCCCACCAAUGGGACGUCCCACAACUUGCACUGCUGCCAACCUUCCUCCAUGCAUUUGCUCGGACCCCCGAGGGCCCCCACAAUUAUAGAAACACAUAUGGCAACCAAUGCUGAAGUUGCCGCCGUCACCACCCUGGCUCCAUCGUCAUCGUAGAUAAUACUUUGAUAUGGCUAAGUAGUACUACUAUAUGAUGUGCUAUAGACAGUAGUACAAACACAGCAUUUGCUUUUUGCACUUUAUGGAGUCGUCAUGAACCAUUAAUAACCAUUAUGAACCAUAAGUCAGUCGAAGUUGACGGUCAAAGCUAGUGCUCACCUCAGCUCCUUUUUGAUUGUGCCGCUUUAUAAACAACCCGGGUAGGGGCAUAUUUAGUCAUUUGGGGGCUCCACAUCCUUUUUUUUUAUGUACAUUUUUACAGAUUCCGAGUAUGUAAUUUAGACCACUUUUUGUUACGCUGGGUGGAGGACCCCAGAGCAGAGACCAAGGCAAAUGUAGAAAAAGGUAUUUAAUAAUAAACAAAGAGUGUUCCUGAUCCUGUCCAUCCUGGUCACUCCCAAUGAGAACCUCAGCAUCCUCAUCUCUGCUACCUCCAGUUAUAUAUAUUGGUAUCAGCUGAUAAUUGAAAUUGAGAGGGUUUUCUUGACAGAUUAAGAAGUGCAAUUUAAAUAUUUUCAAAAUCUAAAUAUAACUUUAAAGCAAAAAUCUAGCAGCAGAAAUACAAGUUCCGGGGCAGAGAGACGGAAGGUCAGGAGCAAAAAAUGAAGCGUGUACACAUUUGACAGAAAGAAAAUCCUAAAAAAUCCUUAAAAAAUCCUAAAAUAUUAUCUCGUAAUUGCAGCAUUUAGCAAGUACGCAUAGUUUUGGUAAUCCAAACUGAAAUAAAAGAGGAAAAAUUAAAGUUUUAUUGAAUUAAUUUUAGUUUAGUUAGUUUUAUUAUCUCUCUCGUAAUUGCAGCGUUUAGCAAGUACGCAUAGUUUUGGUAAUCCAAACUGAACUAAAACAGGAAAAAUUACAGUUUUAUUAAAUUUAUUAUAGUGAUAAAAAAAAGUGUUAAUGUUCCUUUUUACACAGUGUAUGUAAACGUCUGGUGUCAACUGUAUAUAGUACACAACUAUAUGAAAAAAGUACGACAGGCUUGGUUAUCAUUUGUAGAAAUAUUAAUUGGCUAUGUGAACAUUUACAUAUUAAGACUUCAUAGUAAUAACUACUUUUAAUAUAAUUAUUUUGAAGGUGAGCGGCACGGCGGUCUAGUGGUUAGCGCGCAAACCUCACAGCAAGGAGACCAGGGUUCAAUUCCACCCUCGGUGGAAUGUGAGUGUGAAUGGUUGUUUGUCUAUAUGUGCCCUGUGAUUGGCUGGGGACCAGUCCAGGGUGUACCCCGCCUCUCUCGGGAUAGGCUCCAGCACCCCCGCGACCCUCGUGAGGAAAAAACGGUAGAAAAUGAAUGAAUGAAUUUUGAAGGUGAACUUUUUUUCCCCAUUUUUUGGCGCCCCCUGAGGGCAACGGCACCCCUAGCCAAAUUGCCAAAACAGCCCGUUCCACUGAUGACGCCCUCAUUCUGCAUUGCAUUAUUGAUGCUCCAUAUGGUGAAACAACCUCAUGAAUACGUCUGUCUGUUAUCCAAUACAUACAGUAUAAAUCUAAAGAGAUUUUUUCAAACUGGUUUCCUCCUUUCCCUCAGUGCAUCCCACUGAUUUAAGUGCCUUGUAGACACUCU